AUGGCGCCCAACGAUGUUGACGACGACGACGACAAGCCGCUCACGGAGAUACUCAGGGGCGCCGCGGGCGACGUGAACCCGUCGGGUGGCGCGGGACCCCUUGCUGUGAUCGGGAAUGAUGGAGGAGCGGGCGCGGGAACUUACUCUCGGGGCACAAAGCGCCGGGUGGGCAAAUCCGGUUACAGGGGCGUGGCGCUGCACAACAAGAGCGGAAGGUACCGGGCCAGGAUCACGUCCACCGCCGGCGACGGCAGGCAGCGCGCGCUUGGCUACUUCGAGACCAAGGAACUGGCUGCACUAGCGUGGGACAAAGCCGCUCGCGAGAUUGGAUUCGCCCCCGAGUUGUUGAACUUCCCGGACAAGGAGGAGGAGGCUAAGGCGGAGGCGCGGAUCAACGGUAUCGAGGAGUUAAAAGACCUUCAUGGUGGCGCCACGCUCGCAACUCUUGCCCUGGGUUCCACAGAAGAUUCUACGGCGAAUGCCCAGGCGAUCCCCGGCGCUCCCGUUGAGGAAGAGGCGCGCGCCUUAAUUGUCCACAAGGAUGUCACAUGGAGUCACAAGGUGUCCACGGCAGACAAGGUGUCCACGGGAGACUCGAAUCAAACGGCCCACGACGCGAAUCAAGCGGCCCACGACGCGGACCUAGAGGGGAAGGAGCCAAAGAUGAAGGGUGUGCGUCGCAAGGGCCAAAGCAUCUACGAGGCGCGCAUCAAAAUGCGCGGCGAGGACAAGCGAACGUGCCUGGGCAGGUUUAAGACCUUGGCGGAGGCUGCUGAUGCGUAUGACGCAAAGGCGAGGGAGGCGGGCUACUGCGUCAACGUCUGCAAGCACUUCGGAGACCACGUGGAUAGCAAGACCCUGGACGAUAUCGGGUCACCCACAGGCACCAAGGGGAUUCGGGCCAUCUCCAGCGAGCGGGCUCAAAAUAUGGACCGCGGCGUGAUCCCGGAUGAUCUUCAGGCGUACUUUGACAGAGAGGAGGCAAUCGACCCGAGGUCUGCGAAGGAGAAGCGAGUUGCGGAGAAUGGCGGUGACCUGUUCGGGGCGUUUCUGCUGGACAAGCCGGGAAUCUACAAGUUUCUGGGGGUGUUCAAAAUGGAGGCGCACUGCGUCGCUGCGUUGAAGAACACGAUUCCGGAGUGGAAGCUUAAGAACCAGGAGAGGGAGAGAAAUGGUAGGGGCGCCAAGGCUCGCAAGAAGCGGGAGCAGGAGGAAUUACUGAAGCUCGAGGCUCCUCCUGCGGGGCAAGCGACCCAGGCGGAGGCAGUUACGGCGGCCCUUCCCGCGCCGACGGCCAUCAACGGAAGCUUGCAAGAUACCACGCCAUGGCAGACAACCGGCGUGUUGUGA